AAUACUUGGUAUCGACAAAUAACGUAAAUACCAACGAGAUAAAAUGACAGCAUGUAACAUGGAGAAUGAAAUUAUAUGAAGCCAUGAAAGAUUAGAAAUGGAGCUUCAUAUUAUUUAUAUUUCUUGCUUUAAAAGGCAAGUGCAAAAAAAACUAUAUUAAAGAUCGAGUUUAAUUAUCUCUUUCUUUUCUUCUUCUUCUGUAUUCUUUUCUCUCUCUUAAUAGAAUGAUAGGCAAACAAAAGCUAGCAACAGUGUUUCUGACAACACCUGUGCUAUUUGUCUUAUUUGGCUGUUGUCUAAUACUUGCAGCAAUUCAUUAUGUUAUAUUCUUUUUCAAGUCAGCGGAAUCGCUUUCCAGCAAGAUGCAGAAAUUGAUUGUUCAAAUACACUGCUUGUUAUUAAAAAAGUCAGUGACAAGAGUGUUAGACCAUUAUCUACAUUUAAAGCAAUUCGGCUACUCGUGCCUUCAUCAAUUUAAUUUAAUUGCCAACAAGAAAGGAGACACUAAUAUUAUCCCAGACACUUUGUAUUCCGAGGUUCAAACCCCAGAAAAUAGCAACAGUGUUCAGCCAGUUGAUAAAGAACAACCAAAGAAGAAUCAUGCCAGCGCUAUGCUCACCAACAAUAAUGCAUCGGAGAACCUAAAAAGCAAAUAUAAUAAACAAAUAAUUAAAAAUAAUCAAGCCUCCUUGAAUCAGCAUCAACAUAAAAAUACGGACGAGAAAAACAAAGAGAACGGUGCUUCUUUCUCUUCCACCUCGAUGACUCAUAAAGAUGACUGGAUCCUUGUCAACGCAAACAAAAAACACAAAAAAGUUAUCGCCGUUGAACAAUCACCAAAAGCGUCCACCAAGUCUAGCAAAAAAAAGAAAAGAGCUAACAAAAAGACACACUCUGAAAGACAAAUCACCACAAAGCCAUCUUCUCUAGACAACAGCACUGUCUCGUGGUCUAGUGUCGCAAGUAGCAAACAUGAAUAUAAAGAACUCAAAGAAACUGGAGAACCAAAUGACAUGGAUGUACCUUGUCUAAGUGAUAGCGAUAGUAUUGCUACCAGUAGCCCUUCUGGAUCUCCAUGUUUAUCAAGCUCACAUUUACUGCCGCCUUUUGAAGAAGAAAUUCAAAUGAAGUACUAUUCUCCAUUUUCUUCAGGUUUUGAUUUUGGUGCUUCUUUUCAACAACCACAACAACCACACAAAAGGUCUUUGUUAGACUUGUUAAACCAAACAGAUCAUGUCAAGACAACAAUCACAGCCAAUUCUUUUAAAUAUUUUGACGAUAUGAUGAUGUCCACUUCUUUAUACAAAACAAAUCAGGAACCUAAACUUGAUCCUCUUAUGAUCAAGAUCAAACGAGAUUGGAAUUCUAUUCCUUAUUGCACAUAAUUCCCCCACUUUUCCUCCCUUUUUUUUUUCGAGAAGAAAAACCCAUACCCUUUCAUUUUCUCUUUUUCUCUCUUGCUGUUUAUACUCCACAAACAAAUAAACUU